GGCCAGUCCAAGCGGCGCAGCCACCCAUGCGCGCGCGCUCGCAAGACCACCAGUGCCCAGAGCCCCAGUCUGAGGCUUGGCGCCGGGGGUCUGCGGGCUAGGGGAGCUCUCUAUGGGCGAGGGGCUAGCGGGAGCCGGCACAAGAGGGUCGAGGAGCCAGGAACCCCAAACGUCCGGCGCCAGGCGCUAGCCAAGCUGCUGCGCGCCCCGGCGCCCAGCUGGCUCGGGGACAGCCGCUGGGUGUCGGAGACCGGAGCUAGCGGAUUGCAGCGGAAAAGCAAAGAUGUCACACUGGAUCCUUGGCCUCCAGGGUCCAUUAAGGUGAGAAUAAGAUCUCUGGGCUGGCUGGAACUAGCCUACGACUGAAAAGCAGCCAUGGACAUGGCGGAUGAGCCACUCAAUGGAAGCCACACAUGGCUAUCCAUUCCAUUUGACCUCAACGGCUCUGUGGUGUCAACCAACACCUCAAACCAGACAGAGCCAUACUAUGACCUGACAAGCAAUGCAGUCCUCACAUUCAUCUAUUUUGUGGUCUGCAUCAUUGGGUUGUGUGGCAACACACUUGUCAUUUACGUCAUCCUCCGCUAUGCCAAGAUGAAGACCAUCACCAACAUUUACAUCCUCAACCUGGCCAUCGCAGAUGAGCUCUUCAUGCUGGGUCUGCCUUUCUUGGCUAUGCAGGUGGCUCUGGUCCACUGGCCCUUUGGCAAGGCCAUUUGCCGGGUGGUCAUGACUGUGGAUGGCAUCAAUCAGUUCACCAGCAUCUUCUGCUUGACAGUCAUGAGCAUCGACCGAUACCUGGCUGUGGUUCACCCCAUCAAGUCGGCCAAGUGGAGGAGACCCCGGACGGCCAAGAUGAUCACCAUGGCUGUGUGGGGAGUCUCUCUGCUGGUCAUCUUGCCCAUCAUGAUAUAUGCUGGGCUCCGGAGCAACCAGUGGGGGAGAAGCAGCUGCACCAUCAACUGGCCAGGUGAAUCUGGGGCUUGGUACACAGGGUUCAUCAUCUACACUUUCAUUCUGGGGUUCCUGGUACCCCUCACCAUCAUCUGUCUUUGCUACCUGUUCAUUAUCAUCAAGGUGAAGUCCUCUGGAAUCCGAGUGGGCUCCUCCAAGAGGAAGAAGUCUGAGAAGAAGGUCACCCGAAUGGUGUCCAUCGUGGUGGCUGUCUUCAUCUUCUGCUGGCUUCCCUUCUACAUAUUCAACGUUUCUUCCGUCUCCAUGGCCAUCAGCCCCACCCCAGCCCUUAAAGGCAUGUUUGACUUUGUGGUGGUCCUCACCUAUGCUAACAGCUGUGCCAACCCUAUCCUAUACGCCUUCUUGUCUGACAACUUCAAGAAGAGCUUCCAGAAUGUCCUCUGCUUGGUCAAGGUGAGCGGCACAGAUGAUGGAGAGCGGAGCGACAGUAAGCAGGACAAAUCCCGGCUGAAUGAGACCACAGAGACCCAGAGGACCCUCCUCAAUGGAGACCUCCAAACCAGUAUCUGAACUGCUUGGGGGGUGGGAAAAAAACAAGCCAUGCUCUGUCUACUGGCAAUGGGCUCCCUACCCGCACCAGCUUCCUUCCUGCCACCUCCCACACCUGGCUUCUAGAAUAGAGGAUUGCUCAGCAUGAGUCCAAUUCAGAGAACAGUGUUUGAGUCAGCUUGUCUGAUUGAAUGAUAAUGUGCUAAAUUGAUUACCUCCCCCUUAAAGCGAACAUUGAAAUGCAGGUAGACAAUUCAAAGUCUGGAGAAGAGAGAUCAUGCCUGGAUAUGAUCUUUAGAAACAACAAAAAUAGAAAAAAAUAAGUAUCUGUGUGUUUGUGUAUUUAAAACUCAAUAGGUAAUCUUGUGUUUUUAUAUUUAUACUUGUAUAUUCCUAUUUAUUCUCUGUAUAGGCAUUACCUAUGUUCCUGUGUUCACAUACACAAGUAGCAAAUUCGAGUAUGCACAGUGUAGAUGGACAUUUGCCACAAUACACUGCCCGCAGAAAUGGACUUACUGUGAAGCCAGUAAAGUUCAAGCUUCAGGGAUCUCUCUUGCACGGGCCUUUCCAACACCCAGGAGGGACUUGGGCAGUAUGUUCAUGUGGUCAUAUGUUUUUGUAAAAAAUUGUCAAAGUAAGAUAUUUUUGUAUUGUUUUUCUCAAAGAGGACCCUCAUAUAAGCUUCAAGCCUCACAAACUUCUAGCCUCUGCCCUUGGGGAUUUGCUUCAUUGAUUUCAGGCAAGUGAGGUCAAUGUAAGAAGGGAAAGGGAGAAGAUAUUUGAAGAACCAGAACGUAAAUUCAUGUGUUUCCACUUCUCAGAUAUAGUCAGAGAAUUAUUCAUUUGCCCAAAAGGACUCAAGUGGUUGUGGUCAUCCAUCAUUGUAUUUACCAAGACAAAGCCAACUUUGUUAUAAGAUUGCAUUUUUUUCUUUUCAAAUUGCUUUAGUUUUUCUUAGGGAGCUAUAAGGGGGGAAAAUCACUAACAUGAAAGGCAAAAAAUGGACUAUGAUUCCUGUGGGGAAACAAUUUCAUUCUCUCCAUUGUGAAAAUAAGUGAAUAAGAGUGAAGCAAAAUUACACCUUUAUGAGAAACCAUAAAAUUGUUUUUAUUUUUCAGGCCAGACAAAGCUUCCUAAUGAAAGAAAAUGGAAAUGUAAUUCAACACUCCUCAAAGGGGAUUUUAGAGGACUUCAUACAAAGCUGGGUAUUAAGAAAACCACAAGGCACGGCUGGGCGCGGUGGCUCAUGCCUGUAAUCCCAGCACUUUGGGAGGCCGAGGUGGGUGGAUCACCCGAGGUCAGGAGUUCGAGACCAGCCUGGCCAACAUGGUGAUAUCCUGUCUCUACUAAAAAUAUAUAAAUUAGCCACGCGUGGUGGCACGUGCCUGAAAUCCCAGCUGCUCAGGAGGCUGAGGCAGGAGAAUCACUUGAACUCGGGAGGUGGAGGUUGCAGUAAGCUGAGAUGCCACUGCACUCCAGCCUGGGCAACAAGAGCAAAACUCAGUCUCAAAAAAAAAAAAGAAAGAAAACCACAAUGCACACUAAAGACCAGAGGACAUUGUUCAUAAAACAAAAGCACCCUCACCUGCCAAUGAAUAUGCAGCGUGCAGGGGGUGUGGUGUGAGUGUUGGUGGGGCCCUACCACUCGGAGAUACUGCUGUGCCGCCUGCCCCGCUGACUGUAUACACAGUAACUGUCAUAUCUUUAAUGCCAUGGACUCUCUGAGCCGCUCUGCAAGGACUAUUGUAGACAGGCACUUCACACCAUAAAGUGGCAUUUUUUUUGUUCCCCAAACUGACAUUUACAAGCGAUAAGAAAAGAGACAAUAUCCAUUUCAUUGACUGAUUAUUUUCUAGAGUAUGAAGAAAUACACACCUGGGUGUCUGCAAGGAUGUCAUCAUCUUUGGGUUUUGUCUGAGAGCAUCACUCAGCAUCUCACACAUAGAUUUUACCAUAUUUUUAAAUGAGCUUUCCUCUUCCGGCUCCCUAAGCAAGCGCUGUUGGCCAGUGGGAGUGACUAAGUGCUCCACCUGUGGGUGUCCUUCUUAAUGUGCUGCUUUUGUUCCGUAUAAAUUCACACCACUUCAUUCCCAAAAGUACUUCCUGUGGCUCAGAAAAAUAUGUUCAAUAAGAUUUUGGAUAGAUAAAUCCAUACAAAAAUAAAAAGAGGUAUAGUUAUAAAACAAGACUAUAGAAAAAGUUGUUGCAGAAAUUGCAUGCAGUAAAAUCCCACACCAUUAGUAAAUGUAAGGUCAACUGUAAGUUCAGCUCAGGGCUUCCUAGCAGCCCUGUUUAGUGAAGUGUGAUUUUUUUUUUUUUUAAACAAAAACAAGCAAAGAUUUGGAAAAAAAUGCUUUAGACCUAACUUUACAAUUAUUAUAACAUGAGAUGUUCCAGGGUCCUUGAAUAAAUGCUGAGUUUUAGGGAAAUGAUUCCAAGGGACCAAGAGUUGGUAGAAACAAUUUCAAGGCAGAGAAGACUGAUUCUACAGGCCGGGCGUGGUGGCUUAUGCCUGUAACCCCAGCACUUUGGGAGGCCGAGGUGGGUGGAUUGCCUGAGGUCAAGAGUUCAAGACCAGCCUGGCCAACAUGGUGAAACCCCGUCUCUACUAAAAAUACAAAAAAUUAGCCAGGUGUAGUGGCGAGCGCCUGUAAUCCCAGCUACUCGGGAGGCUGAGACAGGAGAAUGGGUUGAACCCAGGAGGCGGAGAUUGCAGUGAGCUGAGAUUGUGC